AUGUUUUUGUUCAAUCUCAUUAUCUCCUCUGCAGCAAUUGCUGCUGCUCUACCGACCCCCGAGAGCUCUGAAGUCAACCAAUCCCAGCCCUUCUCUCAGAAUGGAGUUGCACCUUGGAACGCCGGCGCUGUGAAUCAUUUCCCCAUCCAUUCAAGCUGCAACGCAACCCAGCGUCGCCAGAUUGAGCUAGGUCUUAACGAGACUAUCGCUCUCGCUGAACAUGCACAAGACCAUAUCUUGAGAUGGAGAAAUGAGAGUGAGAUCUACAGGAAGUAUUUCGGUGAUCGCCCAUCCAUGGAAGCCAUCGGUGCAUUUGAUAUCGUAGUCAACGGGGAGAAGAAAGACCUCUUGUUUCGAUGUGACAACCCGGACGGAAAUUGCGACCUUGAAGGCUAUGCCGGACACUGGCGAGGCGAAAAUGGCACGGAUGAGACAGUUAUCUGUGACUUGAGCUACCAAACUCGUCGUUCUCUCUCGACCAUGUGCGGCCUUGGAUAUACAGUCUCGGAAUUUGAGACCAACACCUUCUGGGCCGCUGAUCUCCUGCACCGCCUAUAUCAUGUUUCUGCCAUCGGACAGAACUGGAUAGACCAUUUUGCAGACGGAUAUGAAGAGGUCAUUGACCAGGCGAAGAAAAAUGCCACUCUAUCAACGCGUGACUCGGAGACCCUUCAGUACUUUGCGCUGGAGGUAUAUGCUUACGACAUUGCUGUGCCGGGAAUUGGCUGUCCAGGUGUCCAGCAUAAGCAUGAUGGACCCGAUGUUGAUCAGACAACAUCCGAGGCUGUGACUAGUCAACCAACUCCUACUGCAACAGAUACCGAUGCUGCUUCAACAACCUCCGAAGUACCUCCGGAGGCGAGCUCCACUGCACUUGAGGUUUCAUCCUAUUGGAACGGCAAAAAGCCCACUCAGGCAAUCGAGACAAAGAUCAAAUAUUGGCGAGAUAAUAGCCCUGACGUAAAGGGAAUUGAUGGGUAA